UGCAGUAACAAUAACAAAUAUUGGAGAAAAAAUGGUGUGCCUGAUUGCGUAUCAUCUAUUUUUCAUGAUGUUUUUGUGGUCUUACUGGAAAACAAUCUUUACAUUACCAAUGAAUCCUUCCAAAGAAUUUCAUCUGAGCUAUGCAGACAAGGAAUUGAUGGAUAGAGAACCUAGAAAUGAAACCCAUCAAGAAGUGUUGAAGAGAGCAGCCAAGGACCUACCUAUCAGUACAAGAACAAUGUCUGGAGCAAUCAGAUACUGUGAUAGAUGCCAACUUAUAAAACCAGAUCGUUGCCAUCACUGUUCUGUCUGUGAUAAAUGUAUUUUGAAAAUGGAUCAUCACUGUCCCUGGGUGAACAACUGUGUUGGAUUCUCAAAUUACAAGUUUUUCCUUCUAUUUUUGGCUUACUCUCUGUUAUACUGCCUUUUCAUUGUUGCAACUGAUUUACAGUAUUUUAUUAGAUUCUGGACAAAUGGCCUUCCUGAUACUCAAGCCAAGUUCCAUAUUAUGUUUUUGUUCUUUGCUGCAGCCAUGUUUUCAGUUAGCUUAUCCUCCCUCUUUGGUUAUCAUUGCUGGUUGGUCAGUAAAAAUAAAUCAACUUUAGAAGCAUUCCGAGCACCUAUUUUUCGACAUGGAACAGAUAAAAAUGGAUUUAGUUUGGGCCUCAACAAAAACCUAAGGGAAGUCUUUGGAGAUGAGAAAAAAUACUGGCUGUUGCCAAUUUUUACCAGCCUAGGAGAUGGAUGCUCUUUUCCUACCUGCCUUGUUAACCAAGAUCUUGAACAAGCUUCUACUCCUGCAGGACACAAUGCCAAUAAAAAUGAGAAUAGUCAUCAUUUUCCUGCUAAGCCUUUACGAGAUUCCCAAAGCCACCUUCUUACUGAUCCUCAAUCUUGGACAGAAACUAAUGCAAACACUGAAAAGAACAAACUAGGUAUGAGCAAUCCUGCAUUAUCUAUGGAAAAUGAAACCUAGUCUUGCAAGUAAAGGAAAAAUAUUGGGUCUUAAAUUCAGCACUGUUGAUGAGAGGAUGAAGGAUUCAUCCACUACAUCAGCAUUCAUCAACCAGCUAUUCAGUCCUCUGCUACAUGGAUGUGCUCAGAAAAAUUUCAAGGCCUAAUAAGCUGUCUCUGCAUCAUCACUUGAAAUACCUGUUGUCAUCUCUUGAGUAUUAUAAAAAUAAUGGUUUGGCUAACAUAGAAUACAAUUACAGUACAAAAUGGAAGUCUUGAAAAUGACAUGUUGGGAAAGUGGGAAGUCAAAGCAUACAGGACAACAGUUAAUCCUUUACAGAUUAUGUGUGAUUUUUGCAUUGACAUUUAUAGCUCAAGUGAGCAUAAACUUUAUAUAUAAUCUAAACAUGCUCUUGGAAGCAGUUCUUGAAUCUUUAAGUCUUGCUUGUGAUUUCCACUGCAGACUAUCUUAAUUCCUUGGACUAUAGUAGAAAGUUUUGUCAGUUCAUUGGGUAGCUUGUUUGUUGAUUGGAUAUAAUGACCAAAUGAUAUUUUGAUUGCUACCUUCAGUUGAGUUAGCAAAACUGUUUUAAUUAUAACUAGCCUCAGGUUGGACAAUCACACUCAUCCAUCCCUUUACAUAAGGGCUAGAUUAUAAUUUUUCUUAUUUCUUAACAGAGAGACCGAAGUGAACUUCACGUUUAUUUAUGUAUGUAAAAAUAAGGGGCAUGAAGUUAUAACCAUGCUCAGAGUAAGGUUUUUUGAAACUUUGCGAUGGCGGAUUCAGUUACUCAAACUUAUUUGAAAUGAUUUUUUUUUAAUUAGUUCUUGGGAAUGGUCAACUUAAAAACUUGACCUAAGUGUGUAUAACAGGCUUUGUUUUAACUGAGCAUCCUUGAACUGCUGCAUUCCUCAUUAUUAUCCUGGUGAUUUACAUAUAAAGAGAUGUGUAAUAUCAUGUAACCCUCAUGUUCAUACUUUUACUGUGGUUUAGACUACAUUCUUAAUAAGCCAACUGGAUCUGGCAGAGACACACUUUAAAUGAAACUAAUUAUCUGAGGCUUUCAGGAAUUUUUAUAUGAUCUGUUUAAGAACCAAAUUUAAGACUUAUGAAAUUUCGGAAGCCAAGGAACUUAACAGUUUCAUAGAACUGGUAUUAUCAGUGCCUUUGCAUGUACAGUGUAAGAUGAAAUUAAUACAUUUAAGGUAUGCAUAAUACUGUAUGCUGUUUACAUAAAGUAGGUUAUAAUUAAUUUCAAAAUGGUACAUAGGAGUUUAGUUAGGGAAGAAUGAGGAAAUUGUACAUCUUACUGAAGAGUAUUUAAGAAACAAAAAAAAUGUUCAGAAUCACUUUGGCAGUCACUUUAGACUUUUAAACAGGCACUACACAUAGAUCUGACUAAAUGACAUAUUCCACAGACGCAGUGGUCUCAAAUAUUUUUUUAAAAACAGCACAUUAUUUUCUGUAGCCACAUAAAUAGAUUUUAAAUAUUUCAGAAUAGUCUUGUGGAGAAUAAAUGAGAUAGCAUGAUGUCUUUGUGAUGAUAUUAUUACAACUGUAAUAGUGUAGAUUUGGAUUUCUCCCUGAUAUUUUAAUCUAUUUGAAAAAUCUCAGCAGGAUCUAAUCACCAAAAGUGCCAGAAUACGACCCAUAAAAAUUGGGAUAUUUGAAAAGUUUGUGUACUCCUAGGUUAUAAUUUUACACAGUAUAUAUUAGCAUUUACAACUCAUUUUCAUAGCAUAGUGUUCUAAUUAUUUAUAUUUAGAUACGGAAGUGGUGAGAAAAUCAGAGGGAUAAAAUGGGAAAACUACUACUUACACUGCUUAAUCAUCAUAUACAUUGUGAAAUGUUUUGCUAUGUUGGGUUGUCUUUAAAAUAUUGUAAGCUGAAAGGGAAAGCUGCAAUUCAGUUGUCAUUCAACAUUUGUUAGAUAUAACAACUUACAGUAUUUUUCAGUAACAUUCAGAAUAAUAGAAGACAUAUGUCUCUCAGUAUUUCUUCAUGGAAACGGAGGCUGUCAGCUGUCCAAUGCCAAAAUUUUGCAGGGAAGGGAGACUAACAUAUUAUUCAGGUGAUAAGAUCCAUGUAAAAUAGAGAAGGGUUUGUGGUAGAUAUGGCACUAUUUAAAAUAAUGCACCUUCUUUUGAUAAGUUGGGCACAGAAUGUAUUCAGAGUCAUACAAAUUGUUUUUUCACAUUACAGCCUUCACUAUUUUGCCCUGGAAGUAAAUUCUGUUGACUUUUACAAGCAGGAGACUUCCAAUAAAAAAUGUUUGGGGUUGGAAUAAGGAAACAGUAGUAGUGGGAUAGCAGUGAUAAUAAGUUAAGAAAGAGAAGAGGCAUCUCUGUAGAUGGAGUUCUAAUCAGCCUUGUUCAAAUUCCCCUGCUGUAAUUGUUUUGGAAAAAGGAUUCUGUGCAUUAUCUGCUAUACACUUGCAUUUGGGAAACCAGAACUUUAAUGAACUGAAAACUAGGAUUCUUGCCUGAUUAAAGACAAUUAAUUGUAA